CCAUCAUAUCAUCGCCAAUUCUAUCAAAUACUUAUAUCUUGUAUUCUCGUUGUACUGUACUGUAAAAAUAAAAUAUGACAAUUCGUGGUCGGCUAAUCCUAUUUUGACCUUUUAUUUGGUCGAAGUUGAAAAAAAAGUAAAAAUUUUCUAAUUUUUUUCAAAGCAUCAUCUUUAUAAAAAAAAAAUUUGAUUAUUUUUUUAUUUUCAAUUGGCAAAAUUAAAAUUUAAUAAAAAUUUUUUGAGUUUUUUCGGAAUAAAAAAACCGAAGAGUUAUAAAAAUUUAUAAAAAGAAAAAAAUUCUUAUUGAAUUAAAAAAAGAAAAAAGUGAAAAAAAAGAAAACCAUCAUCCUCACAUCAUGUGGAUCACAAAAAUACGAAGUGAAAAAUUACUUUUUCCAAAAGAUUUUCAACAUAUCAGUGUUAAUUUUGUUUCUUAGAUAAUAUUUUUUUUUAUUAAUUUUGAAAUUAAAUUCUUUUAUUUUUGUAAAAAAAAAAAAACAAAUUUUUUAUAAUUUUUGUCGUUUUCAAUUUUAUUUACCUACUCUGUUUUUUUUUUUCCUGUUACCUACAAAUUUUUUACGUUCUUGUACGAAAAUCAUUUUACUUUUUGUGUUUUAAAGAAAAAGUUUUUGUUUAAUUAAUAAAAUAAAAUAAAAAUUAAAAAUAAUUAUUGUUAUAAAAUGGGUUGUAAUAAGUAAAAUAUAAUUAUUAUUUUCAAUAUAUUGAUUUGCUGCUUGAAAAAAAAGAAAAUUUAUUUAAAAGGAAAAGUCAGUCGAUUUUUUUUUUAAUUUUUUACGAUGAAAAAAUAUUUCUUAUAUGUACAUACACAAAUCUAUAUUUAAACAUAGAAGAAAAAAGAAUUUUUUUUUUGGUAUGUAUACGAAACAACAAGGACAUUACCACGUAGUAAACUGUUGGCUGGCUCCAAUUUGUUAAAGCAUACCUAUACAUAGCUAUACAGCUACAAUAAAUUUACAUACAUAGAUACAUAUUAUAUUGUUCGUCCUACAAUUAUUUUCGUUAUCCUGAUAUACCAACUUAUAUGUAUAUGUAUAUAACCUAUAUUUUCAUUUUCUUCGAUAAUUAUUGAAAAAUAAAGGAAUAACAAAAGAGAAAAGUAUUAAAUGGAAUAAAAAAAAAAAAUUCGCUGUUUCCUUCAAUUAAAAAAAAAAAACAAAAGGGAAAUAACAAAAAAAUAUUUCUAUUGUAUACAAAUUAGAAUAACAGGUCUAUUUGAAAAACAAAACAUACCUGUAUCAACACUAAAUUUAACAAAAUAAAAUAAAAAAAAACACACAUUUACCUGAAAAUUUGCGAAAUUUUUUCUACAUUUUUAAAACAAAAAAAAAAAGAAAAUUUAUUAAAAAUAACAAUUUUUUUUGCAAAAUUUAUAUUUAUAAUUUAAAAAAGUCAAAAUUUUAAAAUAUUUUGUAAAAAUAUAUAUAUAUAUAUAUAUAUUUUUUCCUGUUUGCAAUAAGCUACACACUUAAAACUAUUGUUAAUGGGAUAAAUUUGCUAAAAAUUGCUUUUCACUGCAAAAAAAAAUAAAUAAAUAAUAGUAAAAAAAAAAUUUAUUAAAUAAAAUUUAUAAAAUUUAAAAUAUUUUUAUUGUACUUACUUACUCUUGAAUAACUUAACUAAAAAAAUAAAAUCCCAAAAGAAAAGAAAAAAAUUUCAAAUAAAAUUCUGAAAUUUGAAACAUCAAGAAUAAAAAAAAAUCAAAAUUGAAUAAAUAUCAAAAAAAAAAAAAAAAAAAGAAACCAAUAAAUACAGAAAGAAUCUGGAAAUUUAAGUUGCCAAAAUGCGUGUCGUUGCUAUGGUUAGCGGUGGCAAGGAUAGCUGCUAUAAUAUGAUGCAAUGUGUUGCCGAAGGACAUCAGAUUGUUGCGUUAGCUAAUCUACAUCCAAAAGAUUUAGACGAAUUGGAUAGUUAUAUGUAUCAAACGGUUGGACAUAUGGGUAUAGAAAUUUUAGCAAAAGCUAUGAAUACACCAUUAUAUCGACGUGAAACAAAAGGUAAAAGUACUCAAACUGGUAAACAUUAUGUGCCCACCGAUGAUGAUGAAGUUGAAGAUCUAUAUAAUUUAUUGGAAUAUGUUAAGAAUGAGCAUCAAGUAGAAGCGGUUGCAGUCGGUGCCAUACUAUCUGAUUACCAAAGAGUUAGAGUUGAAAAUGUUUGCAGUCGUCUUAACUUAGUAUCAUUAGCUUACCUUUGGAGGAGAGAUCAGACUGAAUUGUUACAAGAAAUGAUUGAUUGUCGUGUUCAUUCGAUUUUGAUAAAGGUAGCUGCUUUAGGGUUAGUUCCUGAAAGACAUCUAGGUAAAUCUAUACGUGAAGUUCAACCGCAUUUAAUUAAUAUGAAAGAGAAAUAUGGUUUAAAUGUAUGCGGUGAAGGUGGAGAAUAUGAAACAUUCACUUUAGACUGUCCUUUAUUUAAGCAGAGAAUUGUUGUUGAAGAUAUGCAAAUCGUCAUUAGUUCAGCUGAUCCAGUUUGUCCUGUUGGUUAUAUAAAUUUUACAAAAUUAAGUUUAGCACCAAAAGAAUUUCAUUUGUCAUGUGAUGUUUUAGUUAAGAAGUCCUUAGAUUAUAUUAGUGAUUUAAAUGAGUCAACCUAUAGUGAUUUAAGUGAUCCAGAUCUAAGUGAAACAGAACUUGAAAUGAUUGAAAAAGAAACUCGUAUGAGAGAAUCAAUGAGCCAAAGUGAUAUUCUAUCACGUAGUAAUUCAUUUGGUCGUCAUGUAAGUGCAUCGUCUCCAGUGCCAAUUGUAAUGGCUAAAAGUGCUAGUGUUGACGAACCAUCUGGUACGGGUGCAACAGCUGGUACAUUUUCUACAGCAAAUACUAUUUCAACGACAACUACAACUGGAGGAGGCGGUGGUGGAGGUGGAUAUAGCAGUGGUUAUAUUAUAGGUUCAUUAGGUACCUCAGCACCACAUACCCAACCUCCUAGCCCAAUAAAAUACGAAAGGGAAAUAAGGCCACUAGAAAAUAAUGUAAUGACAGCUAUCAAUCGUAAAGGUUGGAUGUGGGUAUGUGGUAUACAAGGUUGUGGUGAAACACCAGAAGAUGGUAUGAAUAUUGCUAUGGCUCUUUUGGGAGAAGCCGCAAAUCAUAAUGAUUAUUUACUAUCUGAUUAUUGUUAUAUUACAAUGUAUGUAAGAAAUAUUUUAGAAUAUGCUACACUAAAUCAGAUUUACGCUGAAACUUUAAAUUUUCAAAAUCCGCCGACACGGGUAUGUGUUGAAUGUCCAUUACCCGAAAAUUGUCAUGUUAUUAUGGAAGCAGUCGCAUAUAAAAAAAAUGACUUAGAAGGUGAAUAUGGUAAACGGCAAACUAUGCAUGUUCAGGGAAUUUCCCAUUGGGCUCCCGCCAAUAUUGGACCUUACAGUCAAUCGACUAGGGUUGGUGAUAUUACUUAUAUAUCUGGUCAAAUAGCAUUGGUACCUGGUAGCAUGACAAUCAUUGAAGGUGGUAUCCGUCCACAAUGUAAACUUGCUCUCAGGCACAUAUCUCGUAUUGCAAAAGCAAUGAAUGCUAAAGGCCAAUUAAGAGAUGUUGUACAAGGUAUAUGCUUUAUAACUCAUCCAACAUAUAUUGCAGAAGCGAGAAGGCAAUGGGAACGUCGGACAGCAAAUGCCAUUAUGGAUUAUAUUGUUGUACCAGCGUUGCCACGUGAAGCACUUGUUGAAUGGCAAGUUUGGGCUCAUGCGCACAAUGAUCGAUUUGAAUAUGAGGAGACUGGUUGUUCAAUAGGAGAAUAUACAAUUUCCAUAAGACGUCGUUGGAACUAUGAGAAUAAUUGUGCCGCAAUUGUUUGUUAUGUUUCAACAGGACUUGCAUCAUCAACGACACAAUUGACACAGCUAUCGGAAGACAUAUUAACUAAUCAUCGUCAAUUGGCUCAAAAUUUAACAAUAGAUAAUAUCAACGAAAUACUCACUUACAUUAUUAGUAAAUUAUUAAAAGAUUCCUCCACAAAUUCUUCAACUACAAGAUCAAUGUCAAUAACUUUUGAUACGUUAAUGAAAGCAGCAACAGAUGCCACAAUUUUAGCAUCUUCAUCAACACCUACUCCAACAAAUAAUACGAAUAAUACAGAAAUUAAUAUGGAAAAUUUUAGUAAUAGUUCAUUAAACGCAAAUCAAUUCGCAACAGAUGCAUCAACACCAACAAUUCAAAAUAUUCCUUCAACAGCAGCAAAAAAUUCAAUAGUCAAAAAUAAAAACAAAAAAAUUCCAGCAAUACACCUAAAAGUGUUCUAUCAAGUAGCAGCAACACCUUCAGUUAAUUUAUUAUUGGGCACAUUAAACGAAUUUAAAUUAAAAAUUAAAGAUUUAGCUGAUAUUGUUUUUACAGUGCUACCAGCCUGCAGUUUACAUAAUUUUAGUACAUUUUUAUCAAUUUGUGGAAUCAAACAUGAAUAAUUUUUAACUAUUAUUAUUAAUUUAUUAUUAUCUAAUAUUUAAUUAUUAACUGAGAAUUAAGUAAUAUUAAGAAAUUAAAUAAAUAAAUAAAAAACAAAAUACAUGAUAAAAUAAUACAAAAUAAUUAUAAAAACUGAAACAUACUAUUUGGGAAAAUAUUUCAAAAUUUAUUAUUAUAUUUAAAAGAAAGAAGAAAAAGCUUAGUUAUUAUUGUAAAACAACUAUAUUUAAAACGAAAAAAUAUAUAUAUAUAUUGAUUUUUGAAAAGGCUUU